ACAGCUAUAUGAAGAGGGUGUCCUAAGAGAGAAGUUGAAAAAUACAUUUAAACUAUGGUUUUGAAGGUGUUUUUAUUUUUAUUCUUGUCUACGGAAUUGUCCGUGUCAGCUCACCGAAUUCUCAUUUUGUCCCCAAUCGCAACGUACAGUCACACCAACUUCCUCAAACCGAUGGUGGAAGGAUUGGUGGAACGUGGCCAUUUCGUCACCUAUUGGAAUGGAUUGAUAACGAAAAAUCAGGCAACGGAGUCGUUUAAUCAGACAACGAAUUUACGUCUACUGUACUCACCGGAAGUGCACACAAUCAGCAGCGCAACUCUCGUUGAUUUUAGUGUUCGAAAGAAACCCAACAACGUCAUAUUUGGUCUGCCAAAAAGAAUGAAGAGAUACUGUAAAACCAUCUACCGAGAUCCCGUCUUCCAUCAGCUCAUGGAUUCGCAAGAAAAAUACGAUUUGAUCAUCUUAGAAGCAGCUAUCAAUGAAUGCUGCCUUCCACUCGUCUAUAAAUUCGAUUUACCUUUCAUUUACAUCAUGGGUUCCAUGCCGCUGCCUUGGCACCUAGACGCCAUCGGCUCACCACUGGCUUUCGACCAUUACCCGCAAGUCAGUACGGCUUAUGCAGAUGAGAUGAAUUUUUGGCAGCGAACAUACAACCUAGUGUCCGGUCUUGGUGCCAUAUAUUACUGGCGUUGGAUCGUCAUGCCCGUGGUCGAUCGCCUGGCCGCAGAGAUGUUGCACAUCGAAAACCUGCCAACCAUCGAAGCAAUUGAGAGAAAUUAUCUAAACCUUUUGAUACUCAACACUAACAUGGGCCUUAAUUACCAAUUGGCGACGACGCCGGUAGUGAUCCAAGCUGGCGGUAUAAAUCUCCGUCCGCCUAAGCAGCUGCCAGACGAUUUGGAAACAUUCGUGAACAGUUCCGGUGAAGCUGGAUGUAUCACCGUUAGCUUUGGUACAUUCAUUAAAAACUCCGCGCUUCCGGAUGAUGCGCGCCGCCUUUUCAUGUCGACAUUUGCCCGCCUAUCACAAUGUAUCCUGUGGAAAUGGGAAGACGAAAAAAUGAUGGAACACAUCGAAUCAAUUCCACCCAAUGUCAAAUUAAUGUCGUGGUUACCGCAAGCCGACUUGCUUGGCCAUCCGAAAAUGCGUCUCUUCAUCACGCACGGCGGAGUCAACAGCAUCCAAGAGGCCGUGUAUCACAACGUCCCAUUGAUAGUUUUACCCGUUUUGGUCGAUCAGCCAAUUAACGCCAUAAAAGCCGUGGAUGACGGCUAUGCCAUUCGACUCGAUUGGGACAAUUUGACGGAAGAAAUUCUAUUCAAUGCCAUUGAGCAGAUCCUCAUUAAUGCAAGCUAUGCGGAGAAGAUGGAAAAAGUAUCGGAAUUAAUGCGCGAUCAAAUGGAAACGCCAUUAGAUCGCGUCAUUUACUGGAUUGAAUACGUUAUCCGCCACAGAGGCGCUCCACAUUUGCGGACGUCUUCACGCAAACUUUCUCUAUACCAACGUUUUCUCUUGGAUGUGAUGCUCUUUUUCGUAUUAAUUGGUGCCUUGGCGUUUUAUGUACUUGGUCGUGUCUUCCGCCACUUCAACAGCAAAGUUCAAGUUCAGAACUUCGACCUAAAAAAAAACAAUUAAUAAUAGAGCUUAACACUGAAAUGCAAUGCUUACUCCACGUUAUAUUAAACCAGUAGCGCUAAGACGAUUCCCUGUAGCUUUCAGCUGUCACCCUGCCAAAAGCACUACCGCUGUGGCUAAAUACCUGAUAACUCCUUCCGUAAUAUAGGAACACCAAU